ACGCUGCACGCGCCGGUUCCUCCUUCCCCUCUCCGCCCCUCUCGUCCCCUACUUCCCGCAUUUUGGAGCUCCGUUCUUUCCACCGCAAGCUGCGGCGGCCAUGUCAGCGGUAGGGGUGGCUGUGGGCCGCGGCCUGAAACCGGCGGCUCCCUACCUGCCCCCUGCUGGGGACGGGCACGGCAGCCGAGGGAAUUUCCUGGGCCCCCGUCCCCCUGCAGCUGUGGAAGCCAUGGCCCGGCAGUUAUCAGGCCUGGACAAGGAGCUGUUCCGACAGCUGCUGAAAGUGGUGGUGAGCGCCCUGCAGGGCGAAGAUUGUCGGGAGGAAACCCGGCGUCUCGUGGACUCGUCGCCUCUGUCAGAGGCGCAGUUCCGCGUUCUCGUAGCUGGCAUGUACGCACUGCUGCGGGAGGCCCUGCGGCUGCCGGCCUCCGCCCUCAAACCCGACGAGUUCAGGGAAGAUCUGCAGCAGCUCCAGGUACCCGACGAGUUUGUGGCGGAUUUUGCCAGCGUGGUCUUUGGCAGCCGGCGCCCCGGCCUGGACGAACUGGCCCGCGAACAGGGCGCUCGACUGCCCACGAUAGAGGACUUCAGGUGGAGGGUGGACGUGGCCAUCUCCACCAGCUCGCUAGCCCGCUCCCUGCAACCGUCCAUCCUGAUGCAGCUGAAGCUCUCGGACGGGACGGCCCAUCGCUUUGAAGUGCCGGUGGCUAAGUUUCAGGAAUUGAGGUACAAUGUUGCCUUGAUCCUGAAAGAAAUGAAUGACCUGGAAAAGAGAUGCAGUCUUAAAAUCCAAGAUUGACACUCGCCUGCCUGAUGGCCGCCUCCAAAAAGCCUCCUUCGUGGCAACUGCAGCCAGAAUCAUGAAGCAAAAUGUCUCUCAACUCUGUACCAGUUCUUUUAUUGUACUGUAAAUAUUUUUCAAUUAAAAUAUUGGUUGAGAAAAACCUUAAAUUGGGGGGGUCCUAAAAAAUUCUUAUGAAGAUAAAUAGCAUUUAUGUUUGAAUCAAUUUUGUAUGAUUCAUAAGGAAAUAUUUAAAAAUCAUUAAUAAAGACUAAUGAGUUUGUGAAGAAAAAGAUGAGCCAUCCCAAGACUGAUGUAUCAGCUGUUCUUAUGAACCAAGGUGUCACUUUUGUUUUUUGUCAGGGUGUUCCUUGUCUAGGCAUAUUUAGAAAUCUUAUAAAUAUCUUUAAAAUAAUUGCUUUUGUAGACUAGUUAAGUGAUUAAUAAGUAGCUCCGUUUCUAAUUCACUUUUAGGGCAUAAAUUAUUAUUAUUAUUAUUUUUAAAAUAUUUUAUUUUAUUUUAUAAUAACUUUAUAUUAACUGAACCCAUGCCAGGGUAAUUUUUACAACAUUAUCCCUUGCACUCGCUUCUGUUCCGAUUUUUCCCCUCCCUCCCUCCACCCCAUCCCCUAGAUGGCAAGCAGUCCUAUAUAUUAGAUAUGUUGCUGUAUAUCCUAGAUACAAUAUAUGUUUGCAGAACCGAACAGUUCUCUUGUUGAACAGGGAGAAUUGGAUUCAGAAGAUAAAAAUAACCCAGGAAGAAAAACAAAAAGGGAAUAAAGUAUUUUAAAAAUUGGGAAAUGUAAAAAUAUUUUGUAAAUUUUUUGAAAGAGUAGGGACUUCAUCUUUUUCUUGAUUGGUAUAUUAACGUAAGGACAUUGUGUUGAUUUAUUCAUUCCACCAAAUAUAAAAGCUUCCAGAGAAAAAAUGUUUGUAAGAUGAAUUUGCUUCAUUUGCAUUUUGUCAUGACAAUGCCAGAGGGUUUCACAGUACUAUAGAAUAGAGGUCAUCGAAAUUUUGGGGGCCUGGGACAAAUUGCAUGUUGGCUGAACAUUUUUUAAAAAAUUUAUUAGCAGAUUUAUUUUUUCUUAAUACUUUUUAUUUUUCCAAAUAUAUGCAAAGAUAGUUUUCAACAUUCACCUUUGCAAAACCUUGUAUUCCAAAUUUUUCUCCCUCCCAUAGACAUGUGCAUUUUCAUGAAAAAAAAAAAAAAAACUUUUCCAAAACAAACAAAAAAAAUUAAGUGAAAAAGAUUACAUAUUUUUGCAAAUUUCCUUAAUGUCUAUUUUAAUGCAAGACAUCUGGAGUCUUAUCUACUUCAGCAUUCAAGCUAUUGUAAUAUGUUGUUUUAGGUGGAAGUAUAUGAAGAAAAUCUGGCUUCACACAGAUGUGUAGUUGAGAAAAGUGACUUAAUAAGUAAAAAUUUUCUAUUAUUACUGUGAAAAUACUUUUAACCACAUGGAUCCCUGAACAGGUUUCAGGAACCCUCAUAAAUCAGUAUAUCCCACUGACAAGCACUGAUAUACAAACAUCUUUUUCUUAACCCUUAAACUUUUGUAUGAUUUCCUAAAGAAUCUUUUUUUUUCAAGACUUUUUACUCUUGUAAUUUAAAAAGUGAGCUAUUUCUCAUAUUUCUCAAGUGAUUAUAAAAUAUGCAAUAAAUUCUGACUGCAUGAGAACAUCUUUAACUUCUUUUUUUAGACUAGUACAAUGGGAAGAGCCCAUAAUUUGUAAUGGUAGGAAUGGAUUUAAUUUGUCACCUUGCCACUUAAUACUUGGCAGGAGGGUUGGAUUAGAUGACCUUAAAAGAUCUUUUUGGCUGUGGCUCUUACAUAUGACCAUCUCUAUAGCCAGACAUCAUUAGAGUUCCAUUGACAGUGUAUAGUUUGUUAUCUCAUAUUUUAUCAUUUUUGUUGAACAGUAUCAGUUGGAAAAUUGUUUUUUAUGUGGCAUUAUCAAUGAUUUUGCAAAAUAACAUUUUCCCUAGCAUUGGUUUUACCAAUAUAUUAAACAUAAUCAAGUCAGCAUCCUUAA